AUGAUCGUUACUGGAAAUAAUGUUGAUGGUAUCGCUAAUUUGAAAGUAUCCCUUCACCACACUUUUGAGAUGAAAGAUCUUGGCUCUCUCAGUUAUUUUCUUGGUCUUGAGGUAAUAUCCAAUGAUGAAGGUAUCUAUCUCUCCCAAGCUAAGUAUGCUUCUGAUCUUCUCGCUCAAGCUGGUAUUACAGAUAGUCGUAUUGAGUCUGCACCUCUUGAGCAUGAUGCUCGGUUUUCUCCUAUGAAUGACACAGUUCUAGAUAAUCCUACUCUUUAUCGACAGUUAGUUAGAGGUCUAGUCUACUUGACUGUCAUGCAACCUGACAUCGUCUAUCUUGUUCAUGUUGUUAGCCAAUUUUUUUCAGCUCCUCGCACUACUCAUUAUGCGACAGUUAUUCACAUCCUUCGCUACAUCAAAAUUACUUUGUUUCACGGUCUUCAUUUUUCUGCCCACUCAUCUUUAACCCUUCAAGUGUACUUAGAUGUUGAUUGGGCUGAUGAUCCCACUGAUCGUCGUUCUACUAUUGGUUACUGCUUGUUUUUUAGUGACUCUCUCAUUACCUAG